AAUAAACUAGUUUUUUCGGUUUUUGUGAUUGCGUUAUGUGGAACAGAAAGAAAGAACAAAACAUUUCUCUUUUACAGAGAUCAAAGCGUAUUCAUAUCAGUACUGACAGCCGUGCUCGAUCCGUUCACACUUAUUUACAUUCAUCAUCAUCAUCAUCAUCAUCUGACUGAUCGCAGUAUAUGCACAGAAAUGACUCGGAUUUCGCUGUUUCUUUGUGCCGUAUUUUGCACAGCAUGCAUCGGAGUUAAAUAUACACCGGACUGGACGAGUUUGGACUCCAGACCUCUGCCCAAAUGGUACGACGAGGCGAAGUUCGGCAUUUUUAUUCACUGGGGGGUGUUUUCUGUACCUGGGUUCGGGAGUGAGUGGUUCUGGUGGAACUGGAAGGGCGCCCAUAAAGCAAAUUACAUAGCCUACAUGGUGAAAAACUAUCCACCAGGAUUCACAUACGCGGAUUUUGCACCUGACUUUCACGCACAGUUUUUUGACCCCGAACAGUGGGCGGAUGUUUUCCUAGCUUCGGGAGCCAAAUACGUGGUCCUUACUUCGAAACACCACGAAGGAUUUACGAAUUGGGGAUCCCCGAAUUCCUGGAACUGGAAUUCGGUUGAUAAUGGACCUCAUAGGGAUCUGGUCGCAGACUUGGGCGAUGCCGUAAGGAAGAGGUCUCUACAUUAUGGACUCUACAGCACUCUGUUUGAGUGGUUCAAUCCCCUCUACAUGAGUGACAAGCAGUCAGGUUUCAAAACCCAGGAGUUUGUUGUAAACAAAGUAAUGCCAGAACUCCACAAUCUGGUCAAUAGGUACAAACCAGAAUUAAUUUGGUCAGAUGGGGAUUGGGAAGCACCUGACACCUACUGGAACUCCACAGAAUUUCUAGCUUGGCUUUACAAUGAUAGUCCGGUCAAAGAUGUAGUGGUGACCAAUGACAGAUGGGGGGCGGGCUGUUCCUGUAAACAUGGAGGUUAUUACAACUGCGCUGACAAGUUUACCCCGGGGCAGCCUCCCAAACACAAGUGGGAAAAAUGCACAUCAGUGGAUAAUUACUCUUGGGGGUAUCGUCGAAAUAUGAUGUUGAGAGAAUUAAUGGAUUUGCCAUCUAUUAUAAAGGACAUGGUCUACACAGUGAGUUUAGGGGGAAAUUACCUGUUGAAUGUAGGGCCGACAGCAGAAGGCAUGAUUCCUCCUGUGUUUGAGGAACGUCUCAGAAGUAUUGGUGACUGGAUGAGAAUCAACGGGGAGGCCAUCUAUGCAACCGAGCCUUGGAAAGUCCAGACUGAGAAUGCUACUGUACCUGUCUGGUACACUUCAAAAGGCAGCACAGUGUAUGCCAUCUUUACCGCAAAUCCAGAGAAGGCCAUAUUUCAGCUCUCUACACCCAUAACAACUGACAAAACUGUGGUGACUUUGUUAGGUAACCCUGAGCCGCUGAAAUGGGCUCCUCUGCACAUAUCAGGACUCAUUCUUCUUCUGCCGGAUCUGCCUUGUACACCUGCUCAAGCCUGGACCAUCAAACUGGAUGGGGUCAAUUAAACCCAUUCAUUUACAAUCUCAUGAUUUUUAGAUGUUUAAAAUGGAGAUUGAAUCAAAUUUUUACUGCCUUAAUAAAACUGUUUGCUUAAUGAUCAAACAACUGACACAUCCAAACCAAAUAAACUACUUUUUUUAAAUGUUUAACUAUGUAAUUGAAUCAAAUUUUUACUGCCUUAAUAAAACUGUUUGCUUCAUGAGCAAACAACUGACACAUCCAAACCAAAUAAACUACUUUUUUUUUAUGUUUAACUAUGUAAUUGUGUUACUUGACCUUUACUUGAGCUUAGAAACAAUACACACUGAGCAAAACUAUUACUUCACUUUAAAGGGGACAUAUCAUGAAAAUCUGACUUUUGCUAUAUGUGUGUCUCCAGUGAUUCUAUCAUGCGAGAAAAUGUGAAAAAUUUCAGUAACUUCGUUUUGGUAAACCAUUCUCUGCAAGCAUGUGAAAAAAAUAUCAAUGAUAGGUCAUUUUGCUCCCGUUGUGAUGUCAGAGGGUGAUCUUAUUAUAAUAACACCACCCUUUAAUCUGCACUAUCCAACCAUGACACUGCCAUUUAGUACAGAGAGAAAGAGAGAGCUAGAGAGAGAAAUACUUUAAAGCACAAUUGAGAUUCAAUUUCAACAAACCACCAUCAUGGCGAUCAAUGUUUGCAUUUGUGUGUAUUGUUUCUUGGACCUUUACUUUUAUAUAUUAAUGAUCUUGUAUUUUCAAAUUCAAAAUGCUACUAUACCAACACUUGCUGCAAUUCAUCCCUCAGACAAUAUGAGACAAGUACAUUUCAUUAGGUCAGUAUCACAGGCACUUAUACUAGUCCCUUCAUAUAAAAAUAAUUAUGGUCAGAAAUUUUUGUUUUAUACAUGCACCAAAAUUUGGAAUGAUAUCCCAUCUAUCACAUGUUUCAAAAAGGCAUACAAAACUUUCUUCUAAACAGUAACACUCUUACUCACUGAUCAUUUAUAAAUUGUCCUAGUUUUGUUUGCACUGAUUAUAUUGUUGUUUUUAGUUCUUUGUAUUUGUUUCCCUUGUGUUUAAAACUGUUUUUUUUUAUUUUGUGUUGUAAAUUGUGUUUUUAUGUUCUGCAGAACAGGAACCUGCUGGAAACCAGUUUUUAAACCGAGUCAGGCUCAUUUAAAUUGUUUCUAAAUGUUACUUUUGAACCUUUUCUGUAUAAUAAAUGAAAUGAAAUUUCA